AUGUCGUCUAAAUUCCACUGUCCACUGGUUAAGUUAAAAAACUUGAUGUAAAAGUCAGAGAGUGUUAUCUAUGGAAGGUCUCGACUAUCGGUAUCGAUCCGAUUUUGAUAGACGGGAAACGCUUUGAGCCUGAUUGCUUACAGUCGGUGGAAUCGACUGAUUUGCUCUGCUAUUUGGUUCUCGAGACUAGCUAUUAAACGCAAAAACAAUUUAAAGCCUUCCGCAGUCUCGAGGCCUACAAUCAAAUGGUGUCGAGCUUUGUUUGCGACGUUCAAGGACAAUCAGAAACGCAUUUUCGUAGUCAAUAUGGCGGUCGGCCGCGUUUCAUGGAGCUCCAGAAUUUUUCGUGUAAUGCCGGCUGAGUUUGCUUUUUAUCUUCAACGUAUCUUUUUCCCCUUUGCGAAAACGUUUACCAGUUACCCAUCGUGUGUAUGGUUUCGUUGCAAUCACAACUCAAAAUGCUGCUGCCUCAAGUAAUUUUGAUAUCUUCGCCGCGUGUUUGACAAGACGCCAUUCCAUCUCUCCGAUACCUCGGAAAGGGUUCACUUCUUCGAGAACUUAAAGUUUAAUGGCCUCUCGACUUUUUAUGCUAAUGCGCGAAGCAUCGUGAACAAAAGGAGCAAACUUGAAAUUGACAUUGCCACCUCGCGCUAUGAUAUCAUCGCUUUAACCGAAACACCUGGACAACUCUAUCUCCGAUGGCGAAAUCCUUCCUAACAACUAUCUGGUAUUUAAACGGGACCGAAAGUCUAAUGGACGCCAUGGAGGAGAUGUGCUGAUCGCUGUGCGGGAUCAUAUCAAAGCCAUUCCACGUGAGUCCCUUCAGAGUGAAUCUGAAUUCAUCUUUAUUUAUAAUUUAUUUUCCAAUAAUCGUAAAAAUUACUUUUGGUGUCCUCUACCGACCUUCUAACAACGAAACCAAAUCCCUAGAAGAUUUGCAAACUGCCCCUCAAGAAAUAGCUCUGGGGAAUGACCUGAUUGUAGUCGGAGAUUUCAACCUCAGCGCGUUUGACUGGCAAAACACACGUGCACUAAAUAAUUCAGCAAAUAACACUCUGCUGUUGGACAUUGUUCGCGAUAACUUUUUGACUCUGCUAGUAAAUAGUCCCACGCGAGAGGAGAACAUUUUGGAUUUAGUUUUGGCAUCCGACCCUCACAUUGUUGACAAUCUGACUGUUGGGGAACCUUUCUCUGAUCAUAAUGCUAUCACCUUCUCAAUUUCUUGUUGUCCUUAUGAGCGCCAUAAGACUGGGUUUAUCUACGAGAGCUGCUUCAUUAUCUCCCUUGGCACUAUGUCUUCAUAGAUGGUAUUAAUAUUAUCUGGUCUGCAUGGUCUGACCUGUUAUUCACUGCAAUUGACGAGUCUAUCCCAAAGCGACAAAUAAAAUAACGGAAGAACGCUCCUUAGAUUACUAGUGAAUUGAUUAAACUAUGAAAAAAGAAGAAGAAGAAGCUUUAAUUUUGUUUUUUCAUAGUGAAUAAACACGUUAUGUCAUGUUAUGUUAUCAUCGCAAACAAGUUCGUGGUGUUGGCAGAAGUGCGGCACUCGCAGUGGAUGAGCGAUGCCUUGAUUCAAAUCUGGGUUAUCACCGCAAAGGAUGGGACAUAAACUGCGUUCAUUGUUUGGGAUGCAAGGCUGGCCUCGCCCAAUCAUGUUCGCACAUAGCUGGUGUGCUAUUUUACCUUAAGGCUUAGACAAAGGUCAAUGAAAGGCUUUCCUGUACGCAAAUUCAGUGCCCUCGGGUACUUCCCAGUUUCCCAAACAAGGUGGAAUACUCUCGAGUCCGCAAUAUUAACUUUAAAUCCGCUAAGAAAGUGAAAGCCGACCUUGAUGAAAUGAUAGAGAAUCUCAGUGAGGGACUUCGGGUUUCUGAGAACUCGGAAGUCUUCACUGAAAGCCCCCACGGCGUUCAGAAACCGGAAGUGCCAGCGCCGACGCAAGCGGAAAUGGAAAACUUAUUUUGACCUCAGCAAAUGCCAAACAAAGCCGUGUAUUGCUGGGCAUGGUGCCCACUGCUGA